UUCACGUUAAACGCUUUCUUGCGCCGGUGUAUACGUGGCCGUUAAUCAUAGCAGCAAGAAGUCACGCUUAACUCGAGUCUACCGACCGAGGCUGAAUCGCUACCGUAAACGUUGAAAUCCAACGACGCGCAGCGCAUGAUUCUGGAAACGGAAUACCUUCUAUUUAAACGAUACUAAUCUACCGAAUACGCGAAAUGAGAACACGCCUGCAAGCUCGGACGAUAAACGGAACCGUGUGAAUAAGCCACGAGCCGUAAUUCGUUACACGCGACUGCCACCAACUUCACCGAAUCCUCUCUUACAAUUACAUUGCUCGCCAAUUUCUAAUUUACGUUACGUCGCUAUACAUCGCGAAAAGAUUUUUCCGAAAUGGUCGAAAAACCACGAACAACUGCGUUUCCAAAUAAAAUCGAUCGACUCGUGGCCGACGAUUGAUUCAACUUUUAUAUCUUACUAAUCUUAAAUAGACUAUGGAUUAUCGAUGACUAAGGCAGAUUAAACUUCCGAAAUGACCAACGCUCGCAUGUCCGCGUUUUGAAUCGCAUACCGAGCGAAUGAUACGGUCAGGACUAAUAGUGUCGAGGAUUUCUCUCAAGACGGUCGUAUAGUCGUGUUCAAUUGAAAUACGCACGAACGGGUAAUCUGCGCAAUUACCUCACAUGCAAAUAAAGCUUCGCGAAGAUGGACGGUGACCCGUCGAGUUGACGUCACGUUGCUACACGAGGACACCGUGUUAUAAAUGAUAUUAUACGCCCCUAGUCGUACGUUCCGAAUAUCGUCGGAAUAAGAUAGACAGGAUUCCACGACUGAGACCGUUUUCCAUCGAAAAAGUAUCAACCGAUGAUUCUCUAUAAUUAAUUUGUCUUUGUCGAAUAUAAAUCAUAAUCCAUGCCCGUAUCUCGAUGUCGUAAGGAAAAGUGCUCGAUUGUCGUAGCUGCCAGCCAAUUCCUCCACCGAAUUUAUCUCAUACAUUGGCUCUCGCAGUUGAUCAAUUCCUUAACACGGCGGCUUUGUUAGACUCGACACGACAUCGGCCCGCGUUUCGUCAAACCCCAACACGGUACGUUGCAGCGAAUUGCGCUAAAAAACUGACGCGAAAUCAUGCGCGUAUUUGCAUCCUGUAUUUUUCCAACGUAAAAUGGCUAAAUUCACGGCGCGAGAAAGUGAACGUCCAUGAGGCUAUGAUCCCUUUAAAUCGUAAAUGGGUGACCAACUCGUUUGGUAAAGGGGAUGCAAAGAAGACCAGUCACAACGAACACCGCGAAAUCUUUCUAACUGCGAACGCAAACAAACCGAUGGCCGUAGUUGAUCAAAGGGAAGCGCAAAACGGUCGAAACUUCACACCUGUAACGUCGAAUCGCGCUGACACUGCCACGAGACACCCGUGCGAACCGUGAUCAACUGCUUCCCGACGAAUAGCCAUGAUGAUAUUAAAGAGGCUGACAUGAAAAUCAAGGAAUCUUAUAAAAUGUAUUGGAAGUUAAAAACACGUGCUUUAGAAGAAACUCUUAUAGAUAUUUCAUUUUCUGAUGAGGCAGAAGAUAAUGUUACUAAAACUAUAACGUGUACAUCAUCUGAAGAAAUUAAAGAUGAUAAUAAACCUCUAAGGAAUAAAGAGAAACAAGUUUUAGAAAUUAUAAUUGGACAAGAUAAAAAAGAUUCAGAAAACAUAGAUGAAAAUAAUGGAAGAAAUACAGAUUUAAAAAGUAUACAAAAUACAGGCAAAAUAGAUGAUGAAGAUAGAAAUCCAGAAGAAUGUCAAAGUCAGCAUACAGUUAAUAGUUUGGCAGCAGAGGAAAAUAAAUAUAAAAAUGUAAAAGGUGUAUGGGGUGAUCAUUUAAGUAAAAGUAAUGAGCAAAUACCCAAAAAGAAAAAAACAUUACCUAUAGCCAGAGUAUCUUCUUUUCAACUGUCGCAAAAUAAAUUUACAAGUUCAAACUUUAUAAAAAGGAAUCCUAGAAAAUCCUUGUCUGCAACAAAAGUAAAAAAUAAAUCUGAAAAUUAUAAUGACGUUAGUAUAAAUACAUUGGAAAAAAACACAAACAUAGAACUAAAUAGUAAAGAUAAUUUUGAUAUUAAUGAAGAAACAAAGUCUAUAUUUGGUAAGUCUAUGAAAGUAACUUACGUGGAGUCUAAGCCUGCUACUCAAUCAAUUGGUACAAUACAACAAUUAGUCGAAGGACAUACUGUUAGUAGAAAUUUAAAUCCUGGGUGGUUAGACAGGUGUGCCAAACAAAGUAACUUGGUUUACCCAGCAGUUGAUUUACAAAGACUUUCUGGAACAAGCGAUUCCGGAACUGAAUCACUGGACACAAGUAUUCAUUUAUCUAAAGAAACACUUGUGUCUGAAUCACAAGAAACUUUUCAGAUAUCGGACGAAGAAGAUUUUGUUUGUAACAGUGAUUCAGAAGAAAAACAUAGAAACAAACGCAUUAGAAAUUUCAAAAAAAGAUUCAGUGAUCAAGAAAAUCAUCCUAUCAAAAAAAUGUGUCAUGAAAAUUGUACAAAUGGCCUAAUACCAAGUAAGACAACAUUCUGUGAAGAAAAAUGUAACAACUUAAAUAUAACUAAUAUAGAUUUAGUUAGAAAUAAUAGCAUAAAUGAUAAUGUAAAUAUUCAGACAAAUUUGUCUAAUAAUAUUGAUAAAUGUAAGGACAAAAUAACAGAUGUACUACAGACUGUAGAUACAAAUACACAUAAUGAAGAGAAUAUAGAAAAAUCAUCUAAAGAAAAAUCAGCAAGUUCUAAAAUUCGAAAACAAGUUAAAUGUAUUUCAUCUGAUGAUUCAGAUCCUGAUUUCAGUGAAAGUGAUGAAAAGAAGAAAAUAAGCAAGAAGAAAGUAUCAAAAACAAAGAGAACAAGUACAACAAGAAAGAGUAAAGUUACCAAAGGAUCAACAUCGACAAAUAAGAUAAAACAUGCACCUACAACAAGGAAGUCUUAUAGAAAAAAGAAGGAUAUACAAGAUGAAGAAGAUGUUUUAGAAAUGUCUAAUGUAGAUCUUGAAAGUACAGAAGAUAAGAAAGCUGAAAUAUAUGGAAUAGAAACCUUAGAAGCUGUUCCACGUUUUGCAAUGUGCAAAAGUAACCAAGGAGAUCUUAUUGAACAAUUUGCUAAAUCUAUUUCCUCAAAAACUGAUGAUUUAAGUUUUUCUCUUGAACCUAAGGGGACAACUAUGAAACUAAAGGGACAAUUAACAAGUAGAGAAAAAUUGGAAAAGAAAGUAGCAGAUGGAAAAUUAAAUGAAAACUUUGUUAGGAUAAAUUUAAAGAAAAAAAUAUUUGUGCGUGGUAAAAAGAAUUUUAAUUUUUCAAAAUAUAGGAAGAAUCAAUGGAAAGAGAAAAAGAAAGAACUUGCAUCUAGCGAGGGUAAUUUAGUAGUAGCUGAUUUUGUAGAAAAGAAAGGUGCAUCCAGUUGUUUUAAAUGCGGAAAUAUCGGCCAUUCUUCAAGGUAUUGUCCAAAUACAAAAAGCGAUGAUUUAAUUCCGUUAAAUGAGAUAGAUGAAAGUUCGGAAUUUCCAACCUUAGAAGAAGCUCAGAAAAUGGCCAGUCAAAAUGCAAUUACAGCACAUGCUAAUAGAAUUGACCGUUUACCGGAGAAACCAUCGUACUCUCUUGAAACAGAGUCUGAAUUGACAGGAAAUGAAAUGAAGGAUAAAACUGACGAUAACGAUUUAUGGGAACCUAUUGAAGACGAAAAUAUUUUAUGUGGGUAUAAAAUUCCCGAAGAUUUGGUACAAAAGUUAUUACCACCAGAAAUUGGUACAGUACAGCCACUAUAUAAACUUAAAGAAGAUCAGUCGUGCAUAGAAACACCAUCUGAAGUUUUCAACACCUUGCGAAAAUUUGGUCAUGAAACAUUUAGACCUGGACAAGAAAAAGCUGUAAUGAGAAUACUUUCUGGUCAAUCGACAUUGGUAACUUUAUCUACUGGUUCUGGAAAAUCUUUAUGUUACCAGUUACCUGCAUAUCUUUAUUCUAAAUACUCCAAUUGUAUCACUUUAGUGAUAUCACCAUUGGUCUCCUUAAUGGAUGACCAAGUAACGGGUGUACCUUCGUUUUUAUCCGCAGCUUGUCUGCAUACUAAUCAAACGCAAAAAGUAAGAGAUAAUGUUAUGGAAAUGGUGAAACAAGGAAAAGUGAAUAUUUUAUUAAUUUCUCCAGAAGCUGUAGUAGCUGGAGAAAAAUCAACUGGAUUUGGUGCUUUGUUAAGGCAGCUUCCACCAAUUGCUUUUGCAUGUAUAGACGAAGCUCAUUGUAUUUCACAAUGGUCUCAUAAUUUUCGUCCAUCAUAUCUUAUGGUUUGCCGAGUUCUUAAAGAAAAAUUAGGUGUCAAAACAGUAUUAGCUCUUACUGCUACUGCAACAAAAGCUACUGCAGAAAGCAUAGUAAGCCAUUUAGAUAUAGAAGAAGGAAUGGCGGGUGUUAUCUCUGAUAUUCCAAUACCUAGAAAUCUGCUGUUUACAAUUUCUAAAGAUGAAAAUAGAGAUCAGGCUUUAAUCAAAUUAUUAUUAAGUGAAAGGUUUAAAAACUGUAGCUCAAUUAUUAUUUAUUGUACUCGUCGAGAUGAAUGUGUAAGAAUUGCGAGUUUUCUAAGAAUUGCUUUCUCACAGGACGGAAAUAAUUUCGAGAAACGAAACACCAAACUAUCUUUUAUCGCGGAAGCAUACCAUGCUGGUUUAUCGGCUCAUCGCCGAAAAAUUGUUCAGAAAGCAUUUAUGGGUGGACAAGUCAAGAUCAUUGUUGCUACUGUAGCUUUUGGUAUGGGUCUUAAUAAGGCAGAUAUUCGCGCUGUUAUACAUUACAACAUGCCUGGCACUUUCGAAGGAUAUAUCCAAGAAGUCGGGAGGGCUGGUCGAGAUGGACUUCCAGCCCAUUGUCAUUUAUUUUUAAAUCCAAUGGAAGAUAAGGAUAAAGUAGAAUUGCGACGGCAUAUUUAUGCAAAUGGAAUAGACAGGCAUACAAUCAGACGAUUGCUUCAAAAAGUUUUUCUUCCGUGUUCAUGUGCAAAAUUACGUGAAAACAAAGGAGAUCGUAGGUGUCCUGGUCAUGAAGUUGCUAUUCCGAUUGACGAUACAGUUGCGGCUUUAGAUAUUUCAGAGGAAAAGAUUUCAACGCUUUUGUGUUAUCUCGAAUUGCAUCCUAAAAGAUUUAUUACUGUUCUUUCAUCUGUAUAUAUCAGGGCUAGAAUUUCAAGUUAUAACGGUCCUCAAGCGCUAAAGCAAGCUGCUCAGACGUCGCCACCACUUGCAAUGGCAAUAGCAUUAGAUUUACAAAACGGUAUUUCUCAUGAAAAGGAUAACGUUAUUGAGUUUCCGGUUGUGGAUGUUGCAUCUGCUAUUGGUUGGGAUAGUGGUGUAGUAAAAGGUCACCUUAAAAAUUUAGAAUGGAAAGCAGUCAAUGGAGUUCCGAAGCGAUCAGCUAUUUCAGUAAGAUAUGAUAAACUUGGUUUAAGAGUAAAAGCCCCAGGAGACUUGACAGAAGUGGAAUUAGAUGAAGCACUAGAUGCUUUAGUUAGCCGCGCUCAAUCUCAAGAAACUUCAUCUUUACAACAACUUGAGACAAUUAGUGUUAUGCUACACAAGUUUAGUGUACCAUCUGUAGAAGAGUGUCUUAUAUUGAACGAUGAAAUGAUUAACAAGUCUGAUCAAUUAAAAGACGUUAUUCGCAAUUACUUUGAGGGAAAAGUUCUAUUAGAUAUCGAUUUAACACAACAAAAUGUAAUGGAAAAUGAAGCGCAAGUAGCCUGCGAUGUACGAAAUUUGAUUGUAAGUUACCGUGACAACAAUUUCACUGGACGUGCAGUCGCACGAAUCUUUCAUGGGAUACAAAGUCCAAAUUACCCUGCUUAUAUAUGGAAUAAAUGCCGUUUCUGGAGGGCUCAUAUUUCAUUUGAUUUCAAUGCUUUAUGUCAAAUUGCGACAAGAGAAAUUUUAGCUUUACGUUAGGAUGAUUAUUUCCAAUGAUUCAAAGAAAUUUUUAAUGACUUUUUAAACGUUACCGUACUAUAACUGCUAUUCUUAUAACGUUAAAAGUUACAAACAUCUUAUAUUAUUAUCUCUAUAGUCCCUGAAUGUAUGAGGCCUGAGUUAUGUAUUUAUAAGUUCUCCUGUCUGACAUUGAGAAUUUUAUUUUAAAAAACAUAAAAGAUUAAAGAUUAUAUAACACUUUAUUGUUUCCAUAACAAAUGACAAAAUUCAUAUAGAUCAUAGUAUACAAAAUAUUUACUCGAACGUGCCUUAAAAGAGUAACUUAUUUUUUUUUAUAUUUAUAGAAUAAACUUUAAAUACUUUUUAAAAGAAAAGGUAAUGCGAUAAUUAUUUCCUUCCAUCAUUGUUGUAAUUUUAACGUGUAACAGUAAUAAUUAUAAAUUUGUAUGGGUACAUUAUUAGUUUCAGUAUAUACUAUACAUAUCUCCAAUAUAAAACUUUGUUCCUGCACCGUUGUUAUAUUUAAUUUUUUGUAUUUUUGUUAGUAAAUUCAAUUAAUUUACGACAAUAAAAUCUAAGUGAAAAGAAAUCGCAAAUAAAUUUGUCAUCUCUUUAACAUAAAGAUAUAAUACGAUAUGUUCUUGUCAAGGCGGGCUGGAAUGUUUUGUUUUUCGCUUUCUUUUUCUCAUUUUAAGUUCUAUAUUCUUCAGUAUUCUAAGCCAAAAAUUUCACGUUACCACUCUUUUCAUAUAAU